AUGCAAGACCCCCAAAAUAUCAGAGACGAAAGCAGUGGGCUUACGUCAAGGCCGAGUCAGAAUAACCCAGAAGUCUCGGACAUAAGUCUGCUAUGGCAAGGAGCUAUUGAUCGAUAUAAGGCGAUCACGGGUAAAGAGGUGGAUUUAGAACGCGCUACUAAUGUGCAGCAAGUUCUUGAAGCAAUAGAGGAUAAGGAAGAAAAGUUUAAAUGGCGUCGCCAUGAUGGCUCCAAGAUUGACAAGUUUAGGACGCUUGUCAAAGAGGCACUGGCCCCUAUUCAAUUGAUCGGGGACAUUGUAGUGAACGCAACAAAAACGGUGUAUCCGGCAACGGAGGCCAUAUUUGCCGCUAUGCGGUAUCUUAUAAGUGUCUCAAAAAGCGUUUCUGCAGACUACGACAAACUCGAAAACUUCUUUGAAGAUUUGCGAUCAUAUUUGACGCGUCUAAGCGUGUUAGAGCAUAAGAUUCCUGCAAUUGCGGAACUCCGAGCAGCACUUACCGAAGUUCUGGUAUCGACUCUAGUUCUGUGCGCUAUCUGUACGAGAUACCUGAAGACAAAACGCAUUGAAGUAUGUAUCUCUUUGCUUAUGAAUUUGGCAGUCAAGGCACUUAAAGCUCUUCUAUCCGGAGAGGACUCUGAGCUGAAGGAGGCUUACGAAAACCUCCGUAAGGCUGUUGAACGAGAGAGAGGAGUUGUCGAGUAUUGCAUUCUACUGGGAGUGGAACAGGGCAAGUUUCAUGCUCGAGCGGCUGCUACUGGCAUAAAUGAGAACUUGGCUCUGACGGAGCGUGUUGAACACAAGCUGGAGUACUUGACGGAGAGGUCAAACAGAAUGAACGGAUAUUUGGACUCCCACGAAGCAGUUGUUGAGCGGGAGAACCUUAUCAAAUGGCUUUCGAGUCUUGACUUUUGUGACAAACAGCGCAAUCUUUUCUCAAAGCACCAUGGCGAUACUGGAAAAUGGUUACUUGACUCCGAUGAAUUCCAAAACUGGUUCUCUGAGAGUGAUGAGAAAAGCGCUAUGCUAUGGUGUGCAGGAAAUCCUGGCUCUGGAAAGUCGGUCAUGAUGUCCACCGUCAUCAACUACCUCGAAGAAAGCACAAAGAAGGACGAAGUUGCAAUAGCCUACGUUUACUGCGAUUAUAAGGACAAGCGCACUCUUUCGGAGACCAACAUUUGGGCCAGCGUCAUUAGGCAGAUGGUAGAAGCGUGUAGUCAGCUACCGCCCGACAUUAUUAGUUUUCGAGACAAGUAUCUCGAAAAGAGAGCACUACCGAGCGACGAAGAGCGUAUGUCACUUAUCAGGUCUUUGUCCAAACGUUUCCGGAAGACGUUUAUUCUCAUUGAUGCGCUGGAUGAAUGCCCUGAAGAAAACAGAGACGCGUUCCUUCAAUUGGCCAGGGAUGUGGAAGCCUCUGCACAUCUGCUGAUAACCUCUCGAAUGAACCUGGACCUCACCGAAAGUUUUAACAAUCUCACACAAAUCACCAUCGCAGCUCGGUCUUCAGAUGUAGAGACAUAUCUCGAUGCCAAGAUGAAAGCAAACUCAAGAAUGCGCUCAUUCUUGGCCAGAGAUAAAGCUCUCAGGAAUGAUAUUAUCAAUAAUCUGGUCAAAAAGACUGAUGGGAUGUUCCUUCUGGCCCACCUACAGAUCGAAUAUUUAUGCGGUCGCUCUAAUCUCAGACAAGUUCGGUCAUCGCUGAAUUCUCUGGUUGGCAAACUAGAAGAGUUUUAUGACGCGGCUUGGCAGAGGAUAGAGAACCUUGAGGAGGGCGAUAGUCUAUUGGCUAAGAAGGCACUUUCAUACGUAUUCUAUGCCAAGAGACCACUGACUUCGGAGGAACUUUUCCAUGCGUUGAGUGUUGAACCCGGAGACCCAGAGCUUGAUGACUUGGCGUUUACUGAAAGGCAUAUUCUUCUGUCCGUCACGGCUGGCCUGCUCCAAAUCGGCGACAACACGGACGACGCGAGACUCAUCCACCUAACUCUCCAUGAAUACUUUUCGAAGCGUCAAGGUCGAUUCUUGGAACCGGAAACCCAACUCGCAAGAACUUGCCUGACCUAUUUGUCUUUCGAUGUCUUCAGUACCGGCCCUUGCGAAGCUGAACAAGAACUGGAUAAACGAAUGAGUGAUUAUGCUCUCCUCGGCUACGCCUCUCACCAUUGGGGGGACCACUUCGCGGCUGACCAAGAUGGUGAUGAUGUCGGGGAGAUCAUGGUUUUCCUAGAAGAUGAGAAAAGGUUGGCUUCUUCAAUGCAAGCUAUGUGCAUCCCCCGACAUCGCACCGCUGGUUGGCAUGAAGCCUUCCCAAAAGAAUUUACGUCGCUUCAUGCAGCUGCAUAUUGGGGCUUAUAUAAUGUUCUUGAGCCAGCUCUUGAGACUGGAGUUAGCAUUGAUCACCAAGAUAGCCACGGCAUGUCUGCACUUCAUCUAGCCUCACGCCGUGGUUUUGCAAAAAUGGUGCAAGCCUUUCUCCUCCGAGGCGCCGACACAGAUUUGAUGAACGAGCGAGGUGAAACUGCCAUGCUUUGGGCCGCCAGGAAUGGCCACGGUGAGGUGAUGGAACUCCUUAUCGCGAACGGUGCCGAUUCGACGAUUGAGGAUAACGAAUGUUGGACGGCUCUUCACUGGGCUGUGAUUAAUAGGCACGACAACAUGGUUUUGAUGCUCCUUGAUCAGUAUGCUCAAGUCGUGUCAGACAACUCGCAGACAAACAAAGCGCUGAUCUUGGCUGCUGAAGCGGGGAGUGUCGGGACCGUGGAUCUUCUUCUGCGUCUAGGUGCCGAAAUAGAUGCCGUCGAUGAGCAAGAAAGUCCUGCGCUGCAUUGGGCUGUCCCUGGAGGUCAUGAGCAAGCGGCCUCGGUUCUUUUGAAGAAUGGUGCGAAUCCUAACUCACGAGAUUGCUUUGAGAACACGCCGUUGCAUUGGGCGAUCCCAUACGAGGGAAUCACACGCCUGCUUCUUAGUAACGGAGCAGAUUCGAACUGCGUGAACGACACCAAUCAGUCACCUUUGCAUUGGAGUGCCCAAGCUGGAUUCCCCAAUUCAACAAGUGCCUUACUCGAAUAUGGAGGAGACCCCGAUGCACCAGAUUCUCACGGUGUCACCCCUUUACAUAUGGCAGUGAUGCAGGGCCACGGACCUAUAGUGGCUCAACUCUUACAUGCUGGGGCCGAUGCCAAUGCUCAAGAUGAUGAUGAGUGGACCCCACUACAUGCUGCCGUGGUAAGAGGUCACGACAACUUGAUCGAGUUACUGGCGAGCCGAGUGGAUAAUGCACCGGAGAUCUUGGAUAAGCUUCGGUCAGAACUAUCAGGCCAGGACCGCCGCAACAUACUCGAAGAAAUGGCCUCAAACAAAUCACAUGGAAGCAUAGUUGUGACGGGUCUUCGUACAGCCGUUAACAGCGGGUACAAGGAGAGAAUCGUCUCGUUGAUAGAAAGCGGCGCCGACAUUGACGCUCAGGAUCCGAUUGGUGAAAGUACUGCCCUCACACAGGCAGCCGAACAAGGACGCGCCGAUCUUGCUAGUCUUCUCCUGGAGAGCGGAGCAAAUCCCAACCAGCGAGAAAAGCAUGGUAAAACAGCUCUCCAAAUCGCAGCCCGCAAUGGACACGCCGAUGUUGUCGCCGCCCUAGUAGCUGGAGGCGCUGAUAUAGACGCUAGAGUACACGGAUGGACUCCUGUGCUCUUAGCAGCAAAAAAUGAGAGGUUUAAGGCUCUGGAAUAUCUUAUCAGGAAGGGGGCAGAUGUCAACUCGGUCGACUAUUGUGGACGGACAGCUUUACAUUGGGUUGCGAAGAAUGGUUGUAUGGCUUCGACUCACUUGUUGUUGGAAAUGGGGGCUGAUGCCAAGAAAAAGGAUCAUCUGGGAAAGACACCAUAUGAUUGGGCUAUGGAAGAACAGCACGGGUUUGUUGCUAGUAUGCUUCAGCCCUCGGAGGGUUGA